GUAGUUAAUCAUAACAAUCAAAAAGAUUCAUCAAUACUGUUUAUAUUUAUCACAAUGUUGUUAGAAUACAAGUUAAUCCCUUUUUCUAGUUUGUAUUCCAUCUCAAUUACUUGAUUACAUGAUAGAAGACAAUUAGUUAAUCAUGUCAACCACAAUGGAAAAUGAUCUGGAAAUAAAUAAAGUGUCAAAUGUUUCUGAUCUAAUUGGAUCUUGGGGACCAUUGCAAAGGAAAAUUUUCAUUCUACUUGGAAUCGUCUACAUUGUCGCUCCGUUCAAUUACCUUGGACUCUCUUAUUAUGCUUUGAAAGAUGAUCUUUGGUGCUCAACAAGUAACGAUACUAAGAUUCACUUGACGGCGGAUAAAUGUUCAUUCAGUGAAUUGGAUUCAUGUUCAUCUUGGGGAUAUUCAUCAGAUCGGAUCACAAUUUCACGAGAAUGGAAUCUAAUCUGUGAAAGGUAUUGGUUAAGGUCAUUUACUCUUUCGGUCUAUGUCUUUGGUUACUUAAUUUCUGGAAUAGUGAUCGGCUAUGUUUCCGAUAGAUUUGGUAGGAAAUUUGCCUUAACAUGUUCAGUUAUCUUGGAGAUAAUCAGUCAACUUGGAAUCAUUUUCACCCAAAAUUUGUACCUUUUCAUUGGAUUCAGAAUAAUUGACGGAAUCGGUGGUUACGGUCGUUAUAUCGUUGCCUUAAUCCUUUGUAUGGAAAAUGUUGGUCCAAACAUAAGAGGCUCAAUGGUGAUUAGCUUUGAAUGGCUUUGGUACUCAUCCACCUACCUGAUGAUAAUUACCUGUUACUAUGUCCUUAAUUACCGUUACAUUUUCAUCGGUAUAACAAUUUACCAAUUGUUAUCUCUAAUUGCGAUCUAUCAUUUGCCAGAAUCGCCUCGAUGGCAGCUCAUUUCUGGAAACAAGGAGGACGCAGGUCGAUUACUGAGACAAUACUCAACCUUUGAUGACGAUACUUUCAGGGAAAAAUUUGAUUCUCUUUGUAACAAUUUAAAUAAUUAUCAGGAACAAAUGAAAGAACAACAAUCAAGUGCUAAUUUUUUCACUCUUUUCAAAUAUAAGCAAACGAGUAAAAUAUUCAUCUGCUUGUCGGUCAUUUGGCUUCUCAGAUCAUUUGUUGAAGACGGAAUUUAUUAUUUAUCCUUCGAUUUAUCCUCAUCAGUAUUCAUCAAUAAUUCAAUAUUCACUGGAUUCGCAGCGAUCACCAAUCUCUACAUGACCUACUCAGUAGACAAGUAUCGUCGUAAGGUCAUGUUAAUUGUUGGAUUAAUCUUGACCACGAUUUCUUUAGGUUUAUCAAUACCUUUCGCAGAUUCUGAUAAAAUGUUUCCAAUGAUUAUUUUCAUAGCCUUGGGCAAUUGUUUCAUCUCCGCAACUUAUUCAGUUAUUUACACCUACACACCGGAAGUAUUUCCAACCCAAAUUCGUAAUGCUGGAGUUGGCAUUUGCUCAUCGAUUGAUAAAAUCGCUUCAAUUUCUGGCACUUUCAUCAACCAAAUUACUGCCUCGUACAAUUUAAAGGUAACCUUAAUUGUCCUAACGAUUCCUGGUGUAAUUGCUGCUGCAUUUACCACUUUAUUACCUGAGACCAAAGGCCAAGAAAUACCCGAUACAAUUGAAGAGAUGAUUAAAAUUAAUUCUGAUAAAAAAACUCAACCAGGAAACAAUUUAAAUCGAGAUUGUUGUAAAUUAAUUGUCUUGAAAAUGUUACAAUCAAGCAAAUCACUUCUUAAUCAUAAUCGGAUUGUUAAUAUUUCUGAUUUAAUUGGUUCCUGGGGACCUUUUCAGAAACGUUUAUUUGCUUUAAUUGGGUUAAUUUAUGUUGUAUCUCCUUUCAACAAUUCAUCAUUGUUUUAUUAUUCAGUUAAAGAUGAUUUAAUUUGUGAGACGAUUAAUGGAUCUCAGAUUAUUUUACAAGAAGAUAAAUGUUCAUUUGUUGAUUUAGAGAAUUGUGAAACUUGGUAUUUCAAUUCGGAUCGGGUGUCGAUCUCUAGUGAGUGGCUGUUAAUCUGUGAACGGUAUUGGUUACGAUCAGUUACCUUAGCCGCUUAUGUUGCUGGUCAAGCAUUUGCUGGAUUUACUAUUGGUCAUCUUUCUGAUAAAUUGGGUCGCAAGUUUGCAAUUAAAUUUUGUAUUUUAAUUGAAAUUAUUUGUGAACUUUUACUUAUAUUUACAAUAAGUUUACCUUUGUUUAUUUGUAUUCGAUUCAUUCAUGGAAUCGGAGGGUUUGGUCGAUCUCUUUGUACGAUUAUUUUGAUGAUGGAAUCGGUUGAUCCUCGUUAUCGAGCUAAGGUCAUGUUCUGGUACGAUUCAUUCUGGCACGGAUCGACCUUGUUUAUGAUCUUUGUUACAUAUUUCGUUGCUUCGUUUCGGUUUAUUUAUAUGAUGACGACGAUUUAUCAAUUUUUUUGUCUCUGGUUGAUCAAAUAUCUUCCUGAAUCACCUCGGUGGCAAUUGGUUUCAGGGAAAACGGAAGAAGCCAAAUUAACCUUGAGGAAAUUUACUUCAAUUCAAAUGGACGAAGAUCAAUUCGAGGAAAAGUUCAACAAGCUGAAAGAAAAUCUCAGUAAAUUUAGUAGAGUCAAAAAACUCGGAAUGUCUUCUCUAUUUUUACACUAUCGAACUACUCGAUUAGUUCUAAUUCUAUGUUUCAUCUGGUUCUUAAGGACAUUUGCUGGUUCUUCUUUACAUUAUUGUACACUCGAUAUUCCUGGUAACAUUUGGCUUAACAAUGCGGUUAUUAGCUCAUUCACAUCAACAUCGGUGCUUCUAAUGACCCUCAGGGCGGACAAUUAUCGACGAAAAGUUUUAUUGGUCACUUUCUUUGCUACGAACGCUGUUUUAUAUGUAUAUUUUGCUUUCUUUUUGUCCCAGUCCACCGCUUCGCUCACUAUUAAGGUCUUUUUUCUAGCCUUCGCUACUUUUUGUAAUGGUGUCCUGCACAAUACACUCUAUGUUUACACACCGGAAGUUUUUCCGACCAGUAUUAGAAACCUCGGAACCGGAGUUUGUACUUUGGCCGCAGAAUUGGCUGCAACUCUUGGACCGUUUAUCAAUCAACUAACUGCACUCACUAGCUUAAAGGUCACUUUCAUUUGGUUAUCAGUACCGUCCACGAUUGCGGCGCUUUCGGUUAUUGUGUUACCUGAGACCAAAGGGGUUGAAAUGCCGGAUACAGUUGAACAAAUGCUUCUCACUCAAUAUGAAGAUGAUUGUCUUGAUAAUAACGACGACGAAGACAGUGAAGAUGAAGCUAAUAUGAAAACUGUUGAAUAAAAGUUUGAAAAACUUUCUUAA